GGACUCUCGGAUACCAUCUGCCCGAUCCGAUCCGAUCCGGGCAUGGGCAUCAGUUGAGCCUCCGUUACGCCGUCGGUUAACUCGCCAAAGCUCAGUCGCGCCGCGCUCCGACCCGCUCUCUUCACGUGCCCGAUUCGCGGUUACGGACUUUUGCGCCGUUUUCGAGUGUUUGCACGUUGCUAUGUGUGCCUAAGCGUCCGUCUGUCCGCGGCGAAGAUGAGUCUCUCAAGUUCGGUGUCGAAUUAUUUGUUCUAUCUCAAGAUCCAUUUCAAAAACUGCCGGUUUUUUGCAGAUUGACACGCGACGGACGCGAGUGGCCAAGUGUUCUCUUGUGACUGUGAGGAAGAUGAAAUAUUUUCUCCAGGAUAUUCUCUGUGUCUACUCCACCGUCACUUUGUGCCUUCUCUACCAGAUCUCAGCAAUCGCUCACGGAUACUCUCCGAGGGACAACAAGGAGGAUCGCGGAAUAAUGGCACCUCGCAUGGACUACGAAGAAUGGACCCCGAUCGGCCGCGGCGACCCCUUGAAAAACGACCCCACCUACGAUUACGUGCCCCCCGUCUUGGACAAAGUCCACUACUGGAUCAAUCCAGCUUCGCGCACCUCUGAAUCCCCCCUCGCCUCGGAGUCGCAAAUCGUGGCCUUGGGCGCCCCCGCAACUAAGAAACCCACCCCCACGAUGAAACCCCUUAAACCGUCCGAAAUCAAACGCUACCACACGGAGAGCAAACCCCACUACCAAGGUUACGGACCUUACAUCUCCGGCUCGAAACAUCCGAACAGGGGCCGUCCCCAGUACAUUCCUUUGGCCACUUACUCCACCUACAAGUACCCCCGUCCACCUCUAACUAUGCUCGUCCCGCCCCCGCCCUCCCAACCAGUCACCUACCCGCCCACUACCGAAGAGGAGCUCAAUCAGAUAACAACGGAUUUCCAAGACAAAAGCACCGAUAAACCGCAACAGUCCACCACUAUCAACGGGCCGACAUCGUGGAAGACAUCGUAUUCGCCGGAAUCAACGCAAGCGCACACAAUCGCGUUCCUCGACACCAGCACGAUUAUCAACGACCCAACGAAGAACAAGCCAGUUUCCACUUCGAUUGAUGUGGACACAACGCUGGGUCAAACCACAUCCUCCUUCAGCCCAGCGGCAACCCAAACCUGGUCCUCGACGAGGCAAACGACAGUCGAACAGACGUUCGUCACGAACCCGCUGACGACCGAGGAACAAACCUCUAGACAACCCUCCUCCGUGUCCACAACCGAACUGUCCUCGAGUCAAACUACGAGUAGACAACCUUCAUCUCCGUCUUCGGGACACACCACAGUAUACAGACAACCGUCCUCGGUGUCUACCAACGUUUUUACCACCGGGCAGACAACCCUUAAGCAACCUCUGACGAUGUCCACUAUGGGAUACUCCACCGGUCAGACAUCCUCGAUGCCUGGUCCACAAACGACGAAGCUGUCUUCGUCGUCUUUGUUCGACCUCUUGCUCAAGCGAGACUCGCCCCCGCCAACUACGUCCCCCGCGACAUUCCCCCUGCCCCAGACGCAGGCCGUUUCCAUGCCGUUCCUACCCCCCUUCAGAACGCAAGAAGCGCCGAAAGCACCCGCUUACCUCAUCAUCCAGGGCCACUCCAAGGUGAAGAAAUACGGUGCGACUAAGCUGGACAAGAUAUCCGGGAUCCCGCUCCAAGAUAGCAAUGAAAUCACGAGCCAGCAGGAUAGUGACGCGAACGACAUACUCAGGAGAAAGACGAGAGACGUGAGUUUAGAGGAUUAUUUGCCGAUAGAUGGGAGUUACUUCAAGUCGACUUUUGAGGACUAUUACAGUGAUCUGGGAGAAGAAGCCUCAGGUCUAAAUGCCAUUCCAACUCGGUGACUCGAGUAGAGUUGAAAAUGUGUUGAAUGCUCGAAGAUACCUUACAUUAAAAUGCAUCUAAAAGAAGGAAACAAAACCUAAAACAUACUUUCUGCCUACCAUCUUCGUUUCAUUUGCUUAAAAUUUACGAUUUUUAUUUUUAAUGUUUUUUUUUUCUCAAACUCGAAAGUCUAUUGCUCCCAGAGAACUUAAUACUUAGGUUCCAUCGACAUUUUGAAUGUGUUUUCCUGCAGAACGGGAGGAGCAUCUAAGAUCCGCGAGUGGACAGCAAAGUAUCACCACUACAUUUUACUAUCUUUAAUUUUUGCAAAUAAAUAAAACGGAAAAGAAUAUUAGGGAGCGUAUUGAAAAAAAUAAUGUUGUAUUUUCUGACAGCGAUUAAAUUUAAUUGAAAAGAAAAACUUGAAUCUCCCGGACACCUUGUUUCAGUAGUUGUACGUGAAAACAAGUUGAUAAAGAGCAACGCUGAAGUAUUGCAGUAGCGCGUCUGCGGAAAGAGAAACCAAAUCUACAUCGAAUUUCAAGAACGCACUAAGUAGAUUAUUCAAUGAAGGCACGUUAAUAUGAGUGCUGGUUGAAGGACCCUCUUUAUUUUAGCAUUGCUCAAGCAGCCAGCAGUUGCAUAUUUAUAAACUUUGAAAUAGAUUCUAUGCACUUAUUAGAAAUGCCAUUUAGUAAAUUAUUAGAAGUGUCAUUCGGUAGAAUUUCAAAUGAAUUGAUAUUUAGAGUCCAUCCGGUGCUUAACCAAAUUUAAGGAAGAGUAGUGACAUUCAAAUUUAAUCGCGUUGAGAAGCUUACACAUUUUUUGGUAGCUUUGCUGUCUAGACUCAAAUGCAAGAGUAGGUCACUGGCCUCAAAGCAACAUACGUAUACAUUCGGAAACUUGCAUUCAAAAUUAGGUACGCCAGAUAUGGUUGGCACAGUUGUUUCUAUUUUUAAAAAAAUAAUCCAUAGUUCUAACGCUUUAAAAUUAAAAGCACAAUUUUCCCUGCGAAUUUACCACUUAAAUUCUUUUAGAGAGAUGUAGGUAUCGAAUAUUAAAGCUACUGCUCAUAAGACUCAUUACUCUGACUCUGCCAUAGACUGAUUUUAUCAGAAUUGCUCAACGAUGAAGUGCUCUUACAAAAUAAUCUUUCGUGUAGUAAUGUAAAUAUUGUAAAGUUACCAAAAAUUAGAUAGUUCUGUAUUGUAAAGUGAGAAUUGAAAUCUUUAGCUGUAAGAGGCGCCUCUUUUCAUUUGAUUUGUAAUCAACUUUAAUUGGAGAGAUCGGGCGAAAAGUUAUCACUUUCGGGAAUAAAUCCUACCAAUUACUUUCAGAAAUAACUAGUCUCUGCUAUGCAUCGUUUAUUGUGCUAGUGCACUAAAUGUGCUUCUCAAAAUAGUGCUCUUCAGUUUUAAAAAUCCAUCCUCACAAGCUCUUUACAAGCGUGGCUUCUAUUAGAAUUCAAUCAAUAUCCAAAGAUUUUUUGAUAUUUGUUUUUUCAUGUUUAUCAAAAUGACUGUAUAUAGUUUUUAUAUUUUGUAUUGUUUUUACACAUUAUUGAUUAAAUCACAUGUAAAAAACUAA